GCUGAUAUCAACCAAAAGCUGAUACAAUAAUUUGGUCUCUUUAACCACUUCCCUUCCGGCUGAUGUAUAUAAAUGGCCGGACGGUGGCAGUACAGGGGCAGGUGGCUGUUUAUAAAUGGCCUCCCUGCCCCCUGCUUGUGCGUGCUUCCUGGGACACAGUGGAACAUCGAUCGUCAUACGGGACCUCUGUGCGAGGUCCCGAUCAUGUGAUCACUGAUUGAACAAUCAGUGAUCACAUGCAGAGUAGUAAACAAGAUGUCACUUCUGACAUCAUUGCUUACUACGUGUGAAAUCUGAGAAUGAUCACAGAGGUCACAAGGUACAAGGC